AUGAGUAAUGCCGGUGCGAGCCAGCUAACCAGUGGUAGUGGUGGUAGUGCCUCAGCAGGUCGCUCUUGGACAAAGAUAUCGUCAAUAACAUCUCCAUAUAUCGAUGUUAAUGCACAAGACUGGCUAGGCAGAACCGUUUUGCACCUUGCUUGCUCAGCGACCGACCCUGCAGCACUCGAAUUCGCCCGACUCUUGUUGGCUCACCCCCAAAUCCAGGUCAACAGCUAUGACCAAGAAAGCCACUGGACAGCGUUGCAUAGAGCGUUGUACGCUGGGAAUAUUGCUGUUGCAGUUUUGCUUCUUCAACGGUCCGAUACAGAUAUGUUCUUAAAGGACUACGAAGGCUAUACUCCAUUCGACCUCUACAACUCUACCGUCAAUGGAACCAACCCAUCCACCAUCAUCACGGACAGACCUAUGGCGGAACUCUACACUUGGGGUUCCAAUAGAAAUGCCACCCUCGGGCUAGGUGACUCGGAUGACAGGGCCUUACCCGAGCAAGUAGUCAUUCGACGUCCUGAAGGACAACGAACGAACAAUCUUCACGAAUCGCUCCAAACCGUGUCGAUUUCCGAUGUUUCCAUGUCCAAGUUGCACACUGUCGUCAUUACGACAGAAUCAAGAGCUAAUAUACGCUCUUGUGGAUUCACUGGUAGUGGUAGAUUAGGACCCGGUGCGACGACCAGCUCGCAUACCCAAUUUUCACUACUGUGCCCUCAUGGAUCAUUCCCACACACCAUCACAGCGGUGGCACUAGGACAAGAUCACACCCUAGCUCUUACUUCGUCCGGAGAA